AUGGACACGGACAUUCUCGCCAUCGCUAUUGCCACAGGUGAGUACUCCUGUCGGAUGAGACAGACUCCCUUGCCCCUAGUCCUGAGAAGUGAACCCUGCCUUUCACUCAAAGUGCUACUCCCCCAGCCUUGGGGGAAGAGCUGGGAAGGUUCAGGAGGCUGGGCCCCUGACUGUGCCUUGGUGUGGGGGUGGGUAGUGUCUUUCUUUGUGUUUGUUCUGGCCAUCUUGCUGCUACUCCUCUACCAUCGGGACCCCCAGUGUUGCCAACUCCUCUGUUCCUGCCGCUUCCUCCAGGGUCCUAGCCAGUGUGACAGUCCCCCUCCCUACUUUAGCAAUAACCAGGACUUGAUGGGACCCUCAGCCAGAUCCCAGACAUCAGAGAGGAUGAGAACUAGGGUGCAGGGGCACUUCCAGGGUGAUGAAGUAUUCUGUGUGGGACUGCCCAGUAACUAUCAGCUGCCCCAUUGGUAUCCCCCACGUCUUCCCAGCUAUGAGAGUGUUCGAAAAAAGGACCGGCAGCAACAGAUCCACCGACUGAUUGCACAUCGUUUUGGACUAUGGGCCUGCAGAGAGCUUCCACCAACCUAUGAGGAAUCCCUGGGUUCACUCCCUGAGGUACCCCCCAGUCCUGGCUCUGCCCCUCCAUUCCAGAGAACAACUGCCUUCCCUACUCAGAGAAAUACUGCAGUGUAGGAGCAUGCAAGCAGCCUCCUCCUGGCUACCUUCAUAUCCCAGACCAACACAGGCAGCAAAGACAGUGCCAAGUUGCCAUCGGUGGAAUCCUCUGCCAAACUCCAAUUGUGCUAGAUGCCCUUUGGAGCUUUCAAGGUAGUGCAACAGGAAGGGCUCAUUGAUGCCACAUCUUCAGGAAUGCUAUCUGUGGCCAUCACCCCUUCCAUCUCCCCAGCUUCUAUUCUCCUGAUAGCUUUCUCCAGUGUUUGCAAAGAAGUGAUGAGCCUAGGAUUACUGCCCACAAGCACAAAGGAUAAAGUGAAUUAUAGAAAAGGAAGUCUUGUUCAAGAACACAGGGAAAACAAGGAAAAGAUUUAAAAGUGGAUUUCAGGAGUCCUAAUCUUUUCUGUUCCAACUUCCUGAGGUUUCUGGAAUGAUCAGAAAUGGAUACUUUAUUCCAAUUCUAGAAACUCUUGAUCUCUUUAGGCUCCUCUUGGCAGAAAUAGCCAGAGGGACCACAGCCACCAAGCUAAUCACUUAUAUGUGCCACACCAGACAAGAGGCUGACAGGGGGAUGUGUCUUCUCCCACACAGAGUAGAAUAAAUAGUAUAGGUAAAUACAUA